AUGGCAGAGAGCGUCGCGUUUGAGGAUCUAGCGGAAGGGGCGCAUUUUGUGACUGGGACAAGCGAUGCACAGCGCAAUGCGAUGCUGGAGCAGCGCAAGUCGGCGCGGCGUUUGGCCGUACCGACAAACGAUGUCCAAGUCCGCGCGCGGCUCCGCGAAUACGGCGAACCAAUGACGGUCUUUGCGGAGCGCGAAGGCGAUCGGCGCGCGCGUUUGCAAGAGGUGAUGAUGGUGCAAGGGAGUAGCACGUUGAAAAACAUUCCGCAGGCAGCCGACGAGGACUGGUCUGAAGACGAAGAAGAAUUCUUUACCGAAGGCGACGCAGCGUUGCUUGCCGCGCGGCGGCGCAUGGCUGCGUUUUCGCUUGCGCGUGCGAAAAGGCGUAUUGCCAACCAGCGUGUGCAGGCCAAGAUACCGAUGCAGCAAGUGGCCGCAGCGCGCAAAGCCGUGCUUGACCCGCUGAAAGCGUACGCAAGUCUUGGGUCGCAAGUUGGUGGUGAGCGGCCCAUUUCUGUCGUGCGAUUUUCUCCCGACGCACAGCUCCUUGCUACUGGAAGCUGGUCCGGCAAUGCCGCAUUGUGGAGUGUGCCUGAUGCUUCGCAGAAAGCAACGUACGUCGCGCACGAAGACCGCGUUACCGGCCUAGCUUGGCAUCCGCGCGCAACGAUCGGCCAGUCGAGUGCGGCUGUGAACCUUGGCACGGGUGGGGGCGACGGAAUGGUGAAUUUGUGGUCGCUUGACAGCGAACAGCCACUGCGGCGCAUGGCGGGCCACGAAGCGCGUGUCGCGCGCAUUGCAUUCCAUCCCAUGGGCGAUUAUUUGGCGAGUGCAUCGUUUGAUGGGACAUGGCGACUAUGGGAUGUGGAGAGUGGCCAAACGCUCAUGGUGCAAGAGGGUCACAGCCGCGAGGUAUACGCGGUUGAUUUUCAAUGCGAUGGCGCUUUGCUUGUGUCUGGAGGACUGGAUGCCAUUGGGCGCGUCUGGGACACACGCACUGGCCGCACGGCCAUGGUGCUCGAUGGCCACGCGCGCGAAAUUCUCUCGGCAGUAUUUGCGCCGAACGGGUACCAAAUCGCGACCGCGUCUGGCGACGAUACGAUACGGAUCUGGGAUAUGCGCAAGCUUUCCAGCAUUUACACGAUCCCAGCGCACCGAUCGUCUGUCUCGGAUGUACGCUUUUACUAUGCUGGGAAUGAGCGUGCGCCCGUUCCGCCAAGUUGGACCUCACGUACCGAUCCGAUGGACGUCGAGAGCGAUACGGGGGCGCGCGACGCGGAUGCGCCACUGCAUGUCAACACAGCUGGUCUGUACUUGGCUUCAUCUGGGUACGAUGGAUUGGUAAAAGUAUGGAGUGCAGACGACUGGCAGCUCACAACGUCGCUCAGCGGCGACUCCGGCAAAGUCAUGAGCGUGGACAUCAGCGCGGAUGGCAAGUACCUAGCCAGUGGGGAGUGGGCACGCACGUUCAAGUUGUGGGGCGAUUUAUAG